AUGUGUGAAUUUGUAUUGGCGGAUGCCGCAGCCCAGAUGAACUUUGCCAGCCAGGAGAAUGAAAAGGAAAACCUGGACCAGCGAUUCCCCAGCCUAUUCAAAAAAGGACGGAGGAAGACGGUGGUGCGGAACCUGGGAAAAAUAAUCCACUAUUCCAAACUCAAAUUUAAGUUUCAGCCCUUCCAGGAAGCAAGUGACUGCUAUCUGGAGCUUUUUCAAGAGUUCCUCUAUUUUCAGUCGCUCGGCCCCAACGGACACAAGUAUAAGGGUUUGCUGCCCCUGACAGAACUGCAGCUGACGAAACUUGAAAACGAAAAUGGCGUUCAGGAAGAUCUCCACGCUUUUCAAAUUACAGGUCCCCUGCUCUCUCCCCUGACCAUCUACUGCCCCAGCCAGGCCGAACUGAGGCACUGGCUCUACCACCUGGAGAAACAGAUCAAUUUAAGCGGAGGACGCCCAGAUUUGUCCCUGGAAACUCAGAGGGCCUGGACGCAGGGCCUGCUGGGCAAGGAGCAGCUGCGGUGGUCAUUGCAAAAUGCCCAUGUGCAAGAAUGGAAGGGCACCCAGCGCAAGUCCCUGGGCGACAUCCUUUGCGUCUCCAAAGUCAAGUUGCAGCAUUUACCUUUCCAGGAACAGCAUCAUCGCCUGUUGGUGCUCUAUCCUUCUACCCUGGUUAUUCUCUCUGAGGAACGUAACGGCCUCUACUUCAAGGGUGAAUUGCCUCUGAAUGCCAUCCAGGUACAAUUUGAGGAAAACCAGAAGACGGCUUUUUUAAUAGAAGGCCGGCUAAUCAACUCCAUCCGAGUGAUCUGCUCCAGCUACGAAGACUACCAAGAGUGGUUAUACUGUCUUAAAACCGCUCAGUUCCGCCAUGCAGAUUCUUCCCUCUCUGGAUCAGAGAGUUUCUCUGGGUUGAAGCCUUCUCACCUGGCACAGUUUUCAGGAAGCGGAAGAGGGUCACUCACCUCGGAGGGCAGAACGAAUUCCUGGGCUUCUGCCGGGAAGGGGGCUACGUCCACCCACCACUCUCAAACCAGUACAGCUUCUUUCUCCGAGAGACAAUCGGUCGAUGCGAUGCCGGACAAUCGGUUAGCUGAAAGCUCUCUGCCACAACCAGUUUGCUGCUCGGGAAAGCGAGGGACGGGGAUGCCGAAAGCCGAAGGGCUGAAAAGGAAGGGGAGUUCCCGAAAGUCCAAAGGGAAGGGUGUCCCGCCACCUCAGCAGCCCCAGAGCCACCGGGAGGACCCCGAGAAGAAAAGCUCUGUCCCGCUCACCUCGAAGCACCCGCGUGGAGAAGGCGUCUCCCCUGUGUACAACGAGCCGUACUCGGCGGCGGUGCAAGAGGAACAUCCUGCGGUCCGCCCGUUGCACCUGGACUUAAACAAUCUGAAACGGUGGAACGUGCCGAGAAGUCAGACCUGCCCUGCUCCCCAAACCCUGGAAAAUAUCUCUCUUUCGUCUUCCCCCAUGUAUGCUGACCCCUACACGCCUAAUUCCCCCUCCUUGCAUGGGGCUGCAGGCUCCUACUUCCUAGAGCUUGGCGGGAGGUGUCACGGACCAUCCACUGUGGAGCACCAGAAUGGCUACCCGGCCAUGCCGGUGUCGGUUCCCAUCUGCCAUCAUCCUCUGGGGUGGAAGAGCUUUCAACCUUCCUGUGGGAACCACUGGCGAGAACAAGGCCUUGCACAGACAGGCAACGCCUCUGCCCCAGCCUUUCAUUUUGCUACAGAACCUGCACCAGAUGUCCAUUACUUGACCACGAGCACCACGUCAGGAGAUGGCCUUCGGAUGCGUUCCUUACCGACAUCAGAUGAAAAUCUCCAGGACUGCAACCUGCCUGAAACAGGAGGGGAGACCCUCGACUCGACAUACCACGACUACGCUGAGCUGCAGAGCUUCCACGAGGACUACAGCUACGACAACAUCUGGGAUACAGAGGUGAAGAAGCCCCCUUCCUCCAGCCAGGAGAUCUACCACUGCUAAGGGAGGUGUUCCCCAUCCUCCACCCUAAGAGGGGAAGAACUGCAGGGGGAAGGGAACCAGGCUCUGUUUUUUAAUAGUGCAAAGGUUGUGGAUGAUGGGUUUCCAGAGACCAGGAGCCUUUCCUGGCUGCUUUCGGACGCCUCGUUCUAGUUCCUGUUGCUUUUACUUCGCCUUGUGGUGCUAUGGAAAAAAAAACUUCUGAGGAAAUGGAUCUGGAAUUCUUCCGUCCACUAAUCAGUCCGUUGUGUAUCGAGACACUCUGUGGUUGUCAUGAAGAAAACUGCACAUUCUGUGGAGUCAAAGCCAGUCUGGAUUUUUGUGUGCCGCUGAUAGAUUUUGCAAUUCAACCCCAAACAGCAACUAAAUAAAUAAAUAAAUAAAUAGAAAUCCUGA